CAGCUUCCGGUAUAGACCGUGGUAUAGACCUACUUCCUGUGUAAUGUUUGCUUGCAGCUGCAGUAGUAAAGAACUGGAGUAAAGCUAUACGAAGUAUCAACCGCUGCAACCAAAGUUACAAAUGUCCAUGUGAAUGCAUCGAAAUUAAGUGUUUGGAAUACCUAAUGGGACUGUUUGGGAAAACACCAGAGCGAUCGCCGAAAGAACAGGUGCGAGAAUGGACUUCAAAGCUGAGAAAAGAAGGGUACCAGCUGGAUCGCCAAAUUAGAGCUAUUCAGAGACAAGAAGAAGGUGUCAAGAAGUCUUUGAAAGAGGCCGCAAAAAAGAAUGACAAGGAGGUGUGUCUUAUCCUGGCUAAAGAGGUGCUUCGUGCUCGCAAAGCUAUCAAUCGGAUCCACGCCUCCAAGGCACAGUUGAACUCCGUCGUUAUGAGCAUGAACCAUCAGCUCGCUACCCUUCGGUUGGCUGGCUCAAUGCAAAGAAGUACUGAAGUUAUGAAGAGCAUGCAGCAGUUGAUCAAAGUGCCCGAAGUAGCGCAGACGAUGCGAGACCUGUCGAAAGAAAUGCUGCGAGCAGGAAUAAUAGAAGAAAUGCUGGAUGACACAAUGGAAGGCCUUGAUGACCAGGACGACUUGGAGGAAGAGGCACAGGAGGAAGUUGACAAGGUCUUGUGGGAGCUGACUGCAGGCCAGCUUGGCAAGGCCCCAACUGCUGUUACAGAAUCUUUGCCAUCUGAAGACAUCCAAGAAGCUGGUCCAUCGUCUGCCAUAGUAGAAGACGAAGAUGAUGUGACCAAGAUGCAAGAGCGAUUGCAGGCCUUGCGCAGCUGAAUUGCAGCCAGCCUGUGGCUUGUACACCAAGUAUGGUUGUUAUCAGUGUUUGCCAUGCCAUUAGAGUUGCAUUGUUCCUUGUUUCCUGCUUGUUGGCAACACGCAAACCUGUUCAGUCUCUCCUCAGGAUGGCAGUGAGGAUUGCAUGUUGAAUGAUGCAGUUCGAAAAUGCCAUUAGUUGUCACACAUAGAAAUCAUUGCGUGGUUUUUGGCAAUGAAGCAUUGUUUGAUACAUGUCAAGGCCACGUCGAGAUCCCACUCAGCUGCUGUCACACCCUUUUACAUUUGUGCAUUAUUAAAUCGGAAAAAGAAAACCAAUUGGCAAUAGCCAUCUAUGUACAGUUGCAUAGGUUAAGUGCGACGUUCAUUUGUUAUAAACAUGGAAGCACCUCUGUUUGUGAUGUCUGUUCUCAAGACUGGGUUGUUUCUAGGUAAGGUCAGGCAAUAACACCUGGUCAUUAUUUUUUAGUGAUCAUGAAAGUGAUGGAUGUAGCAGAUACUAGUUGUUCAAGGAAAAAGCGCAAGUGUGGCAAUGUUUCACAAAUGCUAAAGGCAUGUUGUGCAGGGGUUUAUUUUGUUUGCAGCGAAACAGCCAAAAUAAGCAGCCUCAGCAGGGCAUUGCAUAUCUUGACACAAGGAAAACCCAGUCAAGCUCAAGUUAUGCUCUAUCUUUCUAAAUUUCUUGUAAUUUUCUAAACAGCAAGGCGAUUCUUGACUGCCCAUCAUUCCCACCUACUUGCAGCUACUGUGCACACUAGCACCAGCAUUCCCUUUAGUCAUUCAUGCAACUAUGGUGACAAGUGCUGCAGCUAGCCAUCCAAGUCAGCCAGGUCUGUUCACAUGCAACUUAUAGAUAUGCCUUCACUGGCUUUUUCCAUUUUGAUUUUUUUCAACACGGUUCCCUAUAUGUAUACAAGUGUUUCAUUGGUGAAAAUUGCUUAUUCAAGUACAGCACAGCAUCUAUCACUAUCCUUACUCCAAUGUUUCAAACUAACUUAAGAAUGAGAAAGGGCAACCACAUUUUAACACAACAGGGACUGUGGAGGCUGUCCAAGGCUUCAAAAGGCUGUAACAUGUGUGGUGCUCCCCUGAACCCAACUUGCUACCCAAGCAUAGGUGCCGCCACAGUGGGGCAACACAUGCAACAUGUUCAAGAAAUUGCAGCUGCAGGCAACAGGUUUGCAAGAUUCGUUUCACUCAUUGCUAGAGUUUAAAAACCUUUGCUAAUAUAUAAACAAUGGGCAGUUGCAAGCUUUUGGUUUGUGUCCAUUAUGCACAGAAUUGUGCACUGCUGAAUAAAGUAUGCCUUCAAUGAAAA